CUCGAGCAGCGCAUUUCUAUCCUCCCAAAUCUCCUCCAGAUCCCCCGCGGCCUCUCCACGUCCACUGAAUCCCAGCGCCGGAGCCGGCGACGAGCGGAGAUGCCGUCGUCCAAGCCGACUUCGCAGCCGCUCUCCCUCGCGCUCCCUUCCGCCGGCGGCCGCUCCCUGCAGGACUUCCCCUCCCUCUUCUCCGACCUCACCUCGCUCCUCCUCCACCACACGCCUGCCUCCUCCCACGCCGCCGUCUUCUCCUCCUCCUCCCUCUCCAUCCCCAUCCCCAUCCCCACCUCCGCGGCUCAGGCUCCCGCGCCGGCGCAGGUGCCGACACCGCUCGCGCGCGCGGCCAUCGGGGCGUGCGCGGGCGCGGCGGCGGGGGCCUUCACCUACGCGGCUUUGCUCCCGAUCGACGCCGUCAAGACCCGCCUCCAGGCCGGCGCCGCCUCCCGCGGCUCGUGGCAGGUCUUCCUCGACAUCCUCCGCGCCGACGGGCCGCUGGGCCUCUACCGCGGCCUCUCCGCCGUCAUCCUCGGCUCCGCCUCCUCCUCCGCCAUCUACUUCGGCACCUGCGAGCUCGCCAAGUCGCUGCUCCGCCCGCACCUGCCCCCGUUCCUCGUGCCCCCGCUCGCCGGCGCCAGCGGCAACAUAUCCUCCUCCGCCAUCAUGGUCCCCAAGGAGCUCAUCACGCAGCGGCUCCAGUCGGGCGCCGCCAAGGGCCGCUCCUGGCAGGUGCUCCUCCAGAUCCUCCAGGCCGACGGCUUCUUCGGCCUCUACGCCGGCUACACCGCCACCCUCCUCCGCAACCUCCCAGCCGGGGUGCUCAGCUACUCCUCCUUCGAGUACCUCAAGGCCUUCACUCUGAAGCACAGCGACAGGGAGAACAUGACGCCUGGGGAGAGCGUGCUGUGUGGCGCUCUCGCAGGCGCGAUAUCGGCGGCGCUCACCACCCCACUGGAUGUCGUCAAGACGCGGCUGAUGACAAGGGUGGGCACCGAGGGGAGCCGCACGGUGGUGGGGACGAUGCGGGAGGUUGUCGCAGAGGAAGGUCUGAUGGGUCUGUCCCGGGGCAUUGGACCGAGGAUCCUGCACAGUGCGUGCUUUGCGGCGAUAGGCUACUGUGCCUUUGAGACGGCGAGGCUCGCCAUCCUCAAGUCAUACCUUGAAGGGUGUGAGAGGAAAGCCGCAGCAGAGAUCAAGACCAGAGUUGCCGCAGCUUGAGGGUGUAUGCUUCCUUUCCUUCUUUCAGGAAGGUAAUUGCUUGCUUCGGGAGUGUGGAGUUUUGUUGUGGCUACCUAGCUAUGAUAUGAUGCAGAUGCUGUACUCGCUUAAUGUUUUUAUUUUAGCAUCAUUAAAGUUUCAGUUGUAGAGUUUGAAGGAUAUGAGAAGUGAUAAUAUGAAGCAGUAUGGGAAUACAUUUUGUGGAAUACCUGAUUUUACUCCUUUCAUUAUGUGUAUGUGCGCAUGGGUGUGUGAUUACAAUGAAAGCUCACAAACCUGAAUGCUUUGUGUUCCAGUUUCCAUUAA